AUGGGUCUCAAGUCCUUUCUUAUUUUGGGAUUGUUUCUACAGCUGCUCUCUGCUGACAAGCUGCAUACUCGCCAGAGCGUUGACUGCGACUUCAGUGUGGCCGCCAGCAAUGGAGACACAUGCCAGUCCUUCACUAGGAUGUGGCUCGUUAACUUUGACAAAUUCCUAUUGUUGAAUCCCGGUAUCGAUUGCUCCUCCCUUUCAGGUGGUCAACUCUAUUGUCUGAAGGGUAACGUCACUUCAGUCUCGACUACCUCUAUGGCGACGGCGUCCACAACCACUACAAUGCCAUCGCCCACAACCCCCCUCUGUGAUGACAUCAUCCACAACAACUUCUACAGUAACUACCACGUCCACUACUCCUACACCUAG